AUGGACCGCGCACGCCUCUCGCCGUCGCCGGAUCGCGAGAAUCAUAGGCCGAUCCAAGGAGGAUCCAGCGGAACCAUCGACACAGCCAUUGCGCCCGCGGAGGCCUUAAACGACCCAGAGACUCCGCGGCCCGCGCCGCGCCCGUUGCCUUGUAUACCCGAGGGUGAGCCCUUGCUCCGCGACCCGCUCAGUGUCAGUGAAGUGCCGCGAAAAAAUGGACGAUUGCUCCAUGUCAAAUUCGAUACGCAGUCUCCGCCCGCGCCAGAGUCUCUUACCGGCUCAUCUUCUAGCUCAAGUUCCGAUGAUGAAGACGUCUCCAUCACAGAAGCGCGUCCGCCAGAUGGGGGCUGGGGAUGGGUCGUCGUGUUUGCCUCAUUCAUGGUUAAUCUCAUCGCUGACGGCAUUACGUUCAGUUUCGGAGUUUUCCUUCCAUAUUUUCUGGACUACUUUGGCGAGGGCAAGGGAAAAACUGCAUGGAUCGGCGGGAUUUUCAUGGCGAUGCCACUAUUAUCCGGCCCCAUUGCUAGUUUUCUGACGGAUAGAUAUGGUUGUCGACGUAUGACCAUUUUUGGAUCUAUUCUCGCAGCAAUAGGAUUUGUAAUCUCAGCAUUUGUAGACAAUAUGGAAACAUUAUUUUUGACCUUUGGUAUUAUGGCCGGCUUUGGAUUGAGUUUAUGUUACGUGGCGGCAGUAGUGAUAGUUGCAUACUAUUUUGAAAAGAAACGAUCUUUAGCUACCGGUAUAUCAGUCUGCGGUAGUGGGAUUGGUACUUUUAUAUUUGCCCCAUUAACAUACAUAUUACUCGAUGAGUAUGGUUGGCAGGGAACAACACUCAUACUUGCCGGAUUUUUCUUAAAUAUAGCAGUAUGUGGAUUGCUGUUCCGAGAUCUUCCGUGGACAGCAACAAUGAACGAAGAGAGGGCAAAAGAACGAAAGAGACGAAGGGAAAGAAAACGGAAUAAACGCUACGAAUCAUCUGCAGAUAGCUUGUCUGACAGUAAAAGCAGCGCAGCAGGAUCAGGCAAAAUAGGAGAUAAUCCAGAUAUUGAAGCUGUAACAGCAACGAUUGUACCACAAUUUAGUUCGCUGGUUGAUCUACCCACCUUUAUGACCGGCGAUGAAGGUGUUUCCUUGGAAAUAUUUGAAAUGAUGUCAAACCGCGGCAGAGCUUACGCGGUUUUAGCCCAGAAUUACCCAGGCGUGAUGUUGCCGUCUAGAAGUUUUAGUGACAGCGGUCGUCUUAACGAACAAUAUCCGCAUAAAGCGAUUUUGUCGCCUGGUUGUACCUCACCGGGACCAAUGUCUCCUACUACUGUAACAGCCACAAAUGCGUCACAAGCACCUAUAAAUGAUAAAGCAGCUUUAUCGUUAUGGUUAAAAAGGCAGGGAGCUGGUACCACAAAGAAACCACCAGCGUUUUUGAAAGAUUUGAGGAUACACAGACACUCUUUAACGUAUAGAGGCGCUAUGCUUAACAUAAACCGAUAUAGGCUAAGAGCUUCGUCGUGUCCUAAUAUAUUUAGAAAUUCUAUGACCACCAUUGCUAAAGAAAAGCUGCAGUGGUACGCUGGUCUCUGGGACUUUUGGGACCUCGUUGUGGACGUCCUGGACUUCUCUCACUUCCUGAACCCGGCGUUCCUUGUAUUUGCGAUUUCCAAUUUUCUUCUAUACAUGUGGUAUGAUGUGCCGUACGUGUAUAUGGCGGAUAACGGGCAAAGCAUGGGCUUCAACGCGUCAGAGUCAGCCAUGCUGAUAUCUAUCAUCGGAAUCCUCAAUAUGUUUGGCGAAAUCUUGCUUGGCUGGGUUGGCGACUGGGAGUGCGUGAAUCCAAGCAUAGUAUACGCUGGAUGUAUGGUCCUAUGUGGAGCUGUGACCCUCAUAAUGCCGCUACUGACCUCAUACUUAUCAAUGGCAGCGGCGUCCGGAGCGUUCGGAGCGUUUAUAGCAGCCAACUAUUCGUUAACCAGUAUUAUACUGGUAGAGCAAAUUACGCUUGAGAAAUUUACUAAUGCCUAUGGAUUGUUGCUGUUAAUACAGGGUGUCGCAAAUCUUGUAGGCCCAUCGUUUGCUGGCUGGGUGUUCGAUAUGAGAGGCUCCUACGAUCUCUCUUUCUAUCUAGCGGGUGUGUUCAUCGGCAUCUCGGGAUUAGUUCUUCUCGUCUUACCAGUGUACCAACAUGCGAGAAAACGACGUAAGCGUCACACGCAAGUGAAUAUCAAUGGCGUUGUUAAAGCCAAUGGAAAACUUAUGGCAUAA